AUGAAAGCCAUCACUGUGAACUGUGCUACGGGUGCUUCGGUUCCCUCAAUCGUAGGUGGCCGUGUGCGGCAACGCCAUCGUCGGGAAUGUGAAAACGAUCCGGAAAUUCAAGUGUAUCUUGCGAAGCUCAAGGAUUUGGUACCGUUCAUGGACAAAACGAACCGUAAGGUGUCUAAGCUGGAGGUGAUACAAAACGUUAUCGACUACAUCUGCGAGCUUCAGAAUACGCUAGCAGAUGCGGACGUUUCGACGGCCCCUGAUUCCCGGGAUACUCCAGCAAAUAAGAGCAAUACCUGUGAAUAG